AUGGUGAAGGUAUACAUCCAUGAUAACAAGGACUACUUAGAUUAUCGCGCACCCCACAAUUCUGGGAUGGAACUUUCCUUGAAUGAGCUAGCAAAAUUAGGAGUAAUUUAUAAAUACUGUGCAAACGAGGGAGAAGUGGAUGAAAUUGCCAGGGAAAGAGAAUAUAAAAAUAGAGAUGUGGUCGACAUUUACAAAGGUUCCUUCAAUAGUGAAACAGAGUUUAAUGAAAAAUUAGCAAUGUUUUACCAAGAGCAUUUACAUGAAGACGAAGAAAUAAGAUAUUGCCUCGAAGGCACGGGAUACUUUGACGUCAGAGAUGCUUCUACACCAGAAAACUGGGUCAGGUGCCUGGUAGAGCCAGGGGAUCUACUGAUCCUUCCACCUGGCAUUUAUCACCGUUUCACCUUGACAACUAGCAACCACAUCAAGGCCUUGAGACUAUUUAAGGACGAGCCCAAAUGGCAAGCCAUCAACAGAUCAAGUCAGGCUGAUUCGUUGCCUGUACGCAAGGACUACAUUGCCCAGAUCAAUCAGUACUAA